GUGUAUAAGUUCAAUAUUUUUAAAACAAGGUGUGCUGCCUCAUGUUGAGAGAAAGAAAGGAUUGUCAAGAUGGGAAAACGUGAUUUAUUUGGUGCUUGGAUAGAAUUUUCUUGGUGCGGGAGAAGGGAUAUUAGAAAAGUGAAUAUUUCGAAUCGCAUCUCUUAUUGUUCGCUAUGAACACGAAACACACCACUUGUCAUCAUGGGGUGAUAAUGACAAUCUCUCAGAAGUAGAUCAAGAUUUAAGAUCAAAUAUUUGGAUGGCUUGCAAACGAAAGAGAAAAAAGUUUGAGAUACGACGUACCUGAGGGAAGCUAUUCGAAACUCUGUGCCACUACGCCAUUCAACAUGGCGUAGCGGCGUGAAUUCAAAUAUCAGUGCAAUAUAGACAAGCUUUUUGAUAAGAAUAAAAAUAGUUAUGCGGUAGCGUGGACUAUGUGAGAGUUUAAAGUAUUAGCCCGAUAAAUUUCGGCUCCGAAUUGGAGCGAAGGCGGAUUGAGCACCAUCAGAAGAACAGCCUUGGCAUCCAUGGUGGUGAAUCCCGGCGAUGAUCGGGUACAAUCAACACAAUUCCGGCUACAACAAGCUAUUUACUCAGGGCUCGGCGGAUUCAAACUACUCGCAGCCGAGCUCGGAUCUCUCGCUGGACGAGGAGAAGGAGAGUUUGCGACGCGAGAAGGAGAGGCAGGCCCUCAAUCAACUCGAAAAAGCCAGAUCGAAGCCGGUAGCGUUUGCAGUGAGGACUAACGUGAGCUAUGACGGAUCCGUCGACGAUGACUCACCUGUUCACGGUUCGGCCGUCAGCUUUGACGUCCGCGACUUUCUUCACAUCAAGGAGAAGUACGACAACAACUGGUGGAUCGGCAGGCUCGUGAAAGAGAAUUGCGACGUGGGGUUCAUCCCAUCACCUGUGAAGCUGGAGGCCUUAAGGUUACAGGCGAGCGCUGCGCGAGGCACGAAGGGGCUCUAUUCGACGCGAGGAGGGUCUUCAGGGAACCUUGGCGAGAGUGGUAUGCCCUCACGUGGUUCCACACCACCUACGCCAGGUGACGACAGCGAUAGUGUCGGGAACGUGCGACCCGGCAAGGCGACUCUGACGACCCCACCCGCUAAGGAAAAACGGAAGAACUUCUUCAAGAAGCCGUCCUACGAAACGACGACUCCCUACGACGUGGUACCUUCCAUGAGGCCCGUAGUUUUGGUUGGACCGUCACUCAAGGGCUAUCAAGUGACGGAUAUGAUGCAGAAAGCUCUCUUCGAUUUUCUGAAACAUCGCUUCGAAGGCAGAAUUAUUAUAACAAGGGUAAUGGCAGAUAUAUCACUAGCGAAGAGAUCGUUACUGAACAAUCCAACUAAAAGAGCAAUUAUGGAGCGGUCAACCAGUAGGAGUAGUUGUUUAGCAGAGGUUCAGCAAGAGAUCGAAAGAAUUUUCGAACUUGCUAGAACUCUCCAGCUGGUUGUUUUGGAUUGCGAUACCAUAAAUCAUCCGUCGCAAUUAGCGAAGACCAGCUUAGCACCCACGAUCGUCUACUUGAAGAUUUCUUCGCCAAAAGUUCUACAAAGGUUGAUCAAGACCCGAGGAAAGUCGCAAAUACGUCAUCUUAAUGUACAAAUGGUAGCCGCGGAGAAGCUGGCACAAUGUCCGCCGGAGAUGUUCGAUGUUAUCCUGGAUGAGAAUCAAUUAGAGGAGGCAUGUGAACAUGUGGCCGAGUACCUGGAAGCUUACUGGAGGGCAACACAUCCGCCGGAUUUUUCAACGGUGCCACGUGCCGUGCCUGCACCUGAUGUACCGACGGAUACGUAUACGCAACGUGUGCCAUCAGGUGCCCCUCAUGAGCCUUACUAUCAUCGGAGAGGAGCUAGUUACGGCGCUGGAGAUGUCAGCGGUGGAACGAGAAGAUCACGGCUGGAGCGGAUGGAUCGCGAUCGGGGAGAUCGCAUGGAUCACGACUACGGCGAGGAGGAACACGGCGUCGAUUAUGGUGCCUCGAGACGUCGCCAGCAGCAGGACUCGCGUGCUCUUAAUGCUAUUUAGGAGCUGGGGCCCCGGGGCCUGUCGCUUCAGCGCUGUCCCCACCUGCGCACCACCGCCCUUUAGCGGGCUCGCCUCCCGGUAACGCUACCGAACGCUAGGAAGUGCGCAACGCUACCUCGCGAUAAGAUCGCUGCGCUCUGUUAGUGGGGCUGUUUCCUGUCGCGCUACUUUAUACGCUAAGAAAGAAAAGAAGAAUACAGAAAUCCAGAUCGGCUGACAACAGCACACACUACCAACGAGUCUAAAAAAAGAUAUGCUACCAUAUAUAUCGAUUCUAUCCGGACGCACCUCGACGAUCUCGCAACCGUCGACGAUUCAUCUCCGCGUAUCUGUUCAACAAAGGAAUCUCGCUAUCAGUCGCCGGCAGCGUGCACGCUAAUCUCGAAAAACAUUUCGCGCUUACAUUUUUCUUUGCGCUCGCUGCUCGCUAGAAAGCAUAUAAAUAAAUUGCAAUUGUCAGAUUUUAUUGCCGUUUGAUUAGAGAACGUGAUUCAGUUGCGCGAUAAUCGUUGGAGAAUUCUUUGGCAUGCUCGAAGCGUGCAUUCUUAUCUUCCGAAAGCUUUUACAUCCGUAAUAAUACACUAUUAUAUUAUACUGCUGCUAUUAUUCCUUUUUACACUACCGAAUACUUUAAUAACGUUCGCAAUCAAUUCAAUUGUAUAAUUAUACUUUAUUAAUAAUGAAUCAACAACGGUUUGAUGAUAAAACAUUGAAAUCUCUUCUUCUUCUUCUUCUCUUUUUCUUCUUCUUAUGAUGUGCAAUGUCAUCAAUAGCGUGCAUGUGUGAUUAUCAAGACAUCUUCAUUCCGAUAAAUCUAAAUCGCUUAUCAUCAAACUGCAAAGAAUCGAAAGCAAGAGCAUUAUUCUUGGGCAUUGCUGGAUGAAUACCAUUAUAUAUAGAAACAUAUCUUCACCUUCGUAUGUCGUGUCUCGCUUCGCCAAUCAAUGCCCCGAUCAUAUCACGUUCUACUAUUCUGAUGUCAUCUACGAUUGCAGAAUCACGCUACUCGUUAAUCAUACCAACUACCGAAUUAUCUUAUCACGCACAAACACCAUUGAAACGUACUUGUCUAAUAACGAAUGCUUAAGAACUCUCUAUGCUAUAUAGAGGAAACGUGUCAACAUGUCAUAACGAUUAAGCAUACUAUGCCAAACGUGUCAAAUGCUCACCGUAAUAAUUGCUGACCAUGACAAACUGCACGCAUCAUUUCGAGAUGCACGUUACAUAACAUCUUUUACGCUACUUUAUACGAAAGAAAAAUAACAUUAUGAAAUAAUCUUGUAAAAAAUGUAAAAUACAUACUUGACUGCAUUCGGUACUCCUCGUUAAGUACACUACUCAAAGUGGUUCAUAUAUUUAAUCAAAUCAACACGAUACAUUUUUCACGCAAAAUAUUAUAGAACUUACUCUCGAACCUUUUCGAUAAAGUCAAAUAUAAUCAAGAACAUAUAAAGCAAAAGAUUUAUCGAUUUUAAUUACAUUUCCAUAAUUUUUCUAACACAUGAAUUUAAACUGUUUUUAAUCAAAUAAUUUUAAAAAUAAUGUACAACUAAUUAUUGUUAAUCAAAACUCUUUAUAUGCACACACAUACACACAUUCUAUUCAUCUAUAUCUUCAAUGGACUCUAAUUCUGGACAUAAAUUGUUUGCCAAACUCCAAAAUUAUAGCGAUAAGGAUGAACUUCUUUUAAUAUUUAUAUACCAUUUUUCAAUUAGCAGAGAGGAUUAUCUAUCACGAACGCUCAAUUAAGGUUCGAGCGUAGUUUAAAAAUCGUUUGAACAAACGAUUAUUCUAACGGUAGUUAGGAUAAUCUAUCCUGAUUAUCCUAACAGAAGCGAUUCAAAAUGAUCUUCCGGUGUUCUUGUCCAUGCAGUAUACAAAUGCAGGACAAAUUCCCCAUUCGCGGAAUCAGCUCAACGACACUAGUAGACGCGCGAGACAAUCGCGUGGGACGAGGAGACCAACAUAGAAAGUGCACUCGAAAUAGAGUGAAAGAGCCCUGGGGCCUUAAAUCCCUGCACCGAUUCCUCCCGGGCCCCAAAACUAAGUCUAUGUCGAAUCGACGAUCGGCGAUCGACACGGUAUCGAAUAUUUCUUAUAAUCGAGAAUAAUUGAUAUAUCUAAAGCAGAGAUUUGUCUUUUCUCAUAGUAUUUAAUUAUAGGGAACAAUGAUGAUCAUUAUAAUUCUCAUUGAAUAAAAUUAACGAUUGUCUAGCGAAAUAAUCUAUGAUCAGUUGACAGAUAAUAUUAUUAACAGCUCAAUCCACUGAUAAUCAAGAAGGGGGCUUUAAUAAAAUUUCGCAGCUGAUCAUGGAUAUAAAUAUAUAUACUAUAUAUAUUUUAAUUCGAUCGUCGAUCGUAAUAGCCAAUGUACUCACCAUAAUUUAUGAUCGCUGAAGGGCGAUCUGUAAUGGAUGCAGCUCGGCAAUCUCGAAUUUGAUCGUGAAAUUGUUAGAAAUUGAAACCCGUCGUCUAUCACGCGACAAUGGAUAUAGCUGAAGCGAUUUUAACGAUCAACGUAGUGAUACUUACCAUCAAUCACGUAAUUAAAUUAGACAAACUAACGUAGAAACGAAGCGUUCUGAAGAAAUUUUUGAUUUAUGAUUCAAAAUUAGAAGAUAUUUACGCGCAUUAAUUAGGAAAAUUUUUGAUUUUGAAGCGCGUCGACCAUCUGGCGCGUAGUUUUGCGAUGCGUUUAUACGUUUUACUGAAGUUACGCAAAACUACACAUUACACAAAGAUACACAAUACAUACCAAAGAAAAAACAUUUUGUGUGCAUAGUAUGUGUGUACAAUGUAUAUAUAUAUAUAUAUAUUGUACGCACAAGUAAUCCAUCUAUAUCACACGAUAAACUUUAACCAA